GAGCGGAGGCCGGCACUGGGCAUGCUCCGCGGCGGCGCUGGUUUUGGUCACAAGUAGGAAGAAGCCAGUGCACGACACCGGCAAGGAGAAGCGGGACCCAACGCCGGGCGGCGGCCGUGGGGUCCGUUGCCGCCGCCUCGGCGCAGGAGCAGGGCGGGAGCCGGAGCGGGCGAGGGGCGAGGCCGCCGGGCCGAGAGCCGCCCAGCCUGCCCUCCUCCCGUCUUCUGCCUCUGUGUCCGCGCGGUGCGCCGGACCCCGGGUCUGUCACCUGGGCGCCAGGGACCCCCGCGCCGGGGAGCCGGGGCGGACGGAACCCUCCCUCCGCCGGCUGCGGCCCGUGGGCGCCCCCCCGGGGUGGAGCAGCCGCCGCCUUCUGCGGGCGGCUGAGUGUCCGGCUCGCGCCCGGAGCGAGCGGCCGCCGUCAGUCCCGAGGCGGCGGCGGCGGCGGCCAUGGGGCUGCUGUCCCAGGGGUCGCCGCUGAGCUGGGAGGAGACCAAGCGCCACGCAGACCACGUGCGGCGGCACGGGAUCCUCCAGUUCCUGCACAUCUACCACGCCGUCAAGGACCGGCACAAGGACGUCCUCAAGUGGGGUGACGAGGUGGAAUACAUGUUGGUAUCUUUUGAUCAUGAAAAUAAGAAAGUCCAGUUGGUCCUGUCUGGAGAGGAAGUUCUUGAAACUCUACAAGAGAAGGGGGAAAGGACGAACCCAAACCAUCCUACCCUCUGGAGACCAGAGUAUGGGAGUUACAUGAUUGAAGGGACACCUGGACAGCCCUACGGGGGAACAAUGUCUGAAUUCAACACAGUUGAGGCCAACAUGAGAGAACGCCGGAAGGAGGCCACUUCUAUAUUAGAAGAAAAUCAGGCUCUUUGCACAAUAACUUCAUUUCCAAGAUUAGGCUGUCCUGGGUUCACAGUACCUGAGUACAAACCCAACCCGGUUGAAGGUGGAGCUUCCAAGUCCCUCUUCUUCCCAGAUGAAGCAAUAAACAAGCACCCUCGCUUCAGUACCCUCACAAGAAAUAUCCGACACAGGAGAGGAGAAAAGGUUGUCAUCAAUGUGCCAAUAUUUAAGGACAAGAACACACCAUCUCCAUUUAUAGAAACAUUUCCUGAGGAUGAUGAGGCAGCAAGGGCUUCUAAGCCGGAUCAUAUUUACAUGGAUGCCAUGGGAUUUGGGAUGGGCAAUUGCUGUCUCCAGGUGACAUUCCAAGCCUGCAGCAUAUCUGAGGCCAGAUACCUUUAUGAUCAGUUGGCCACUAUCUGUCCAAUUGUCAUGGCUUUGAGUGCUGCGUCUCCUUUUUACCGAGGCUAUGUGUCAGACAUUGAUUGUCGCUGGGGAGUGAUUUCUGCAUCUGUAGACGACAGGACUCGGGAGGAGAGAGGACUGGAGCCACUGAAGAACAAUAACUAUAGGAUUAGUAAAUCCCGAUACGACUCAAUAGACAGCUACUUAUCUAAGUGUGGAGAGAAAUAUAAUGACAUCGACUUGACGAUAGAUAAAGAAAUCUACGAACAGCUAUUGAAGGAAGGCAUUGACCAUCUUCUGGCCCAGCAUGUCGCUCACCUCUUUAUCAGAGACCCUCUGACUCUGUUUGAAGAGAAGAUACACCUGGAUGAUGCCAAUGAGUCUGACCAUUUUGAGAAUAUUCAGUCCACAAAUUGGCAGACAAUGAGAUUUAAGCCCCCUCCUCCAAACUCGGAUAUCGGAUGGAGAGUCGAAUUCCGACCCAUGGAGGUUCAGUUAACAGACUUUGAGAACUCUGCCUAUGUGGUGUUUGUGGUUCUGCUCACCAGAGUGAUCCUUUCGUACAAACUGGAUUUUCUCAUUCCACUGUCAAAGGUUGAUGUCAACAUGAAAGUGGCCCAGAAACGAGAUGCUGUGUUGCGGGGAAUGUUUUACUUCAGGAAAGACAUUUGCAAAGGUGGCAACGCUGUGGUGGACGGGUGCGGCAAGGCGCAGAGCAGCGCGGAGCCCGCCGUGGAGGAGUACGCCCUCAUGAGCAUAGACACCAUCAUCAACGGGAAGGAAGGCGUGUUUCCCGGACUGAUCCCGAUUCUGAACUCUUACCUUGAAAACAUGGAAGUGGAUGUGGACACCAGAUGUAGUAUUCUGAACUACCUAAAGCUGAUUAAGAAGAGAGCAUCUGGAGAACUGAUGACAGUUGCCAGAUGGAUGAGGGAGUUUAUCGCAAAACAUCCUGACUACAAGCAAGACAGUGUAAUAACUGACGAAAUGAAUUAUAGCCUUCUUUUGAAGUGUAACCAAAUUGCAAAUGAAUUAUGUGAAUGCCCAGAGUUACUUGGAUCAGCAUUUAGGAAAGUAAAAAAUAGCGGAAGUAAAACUGAGUCUUCCAACUAGACACUCUGCAAAAAAAAGUGCAUUACUGUUUUAUUAGCGACCGGCUGCAGUACCAUGCCUGUGAGCCCAUGUGUAUAGUAUGAAGACCAAAUAGAGCUACACUGUUUCCUGGACCAAUGGGCCAGGAAUUGAUUUAGAGGCUUCCUUCAGUAGGUUCAAUCUAGAGUUUAUACAGUACAUGUACAUAGUAAAGUAUUUUUAUGAUUAACAAUGUAUUUUAAUAACAUAUCUACAGUGAACUGGCUUGUACAUUUUUUAAUUCUUACUCUGGAGCAACUAUUGCCUGAGCAGUUUUGUAAAUGCACUGGUAAUUGUACAAUACCUGCAUUCCAGAGUUUAAAAUGUUUACUGUACAUUUUUGUUCCCUUAAAGACUACCUGGGACCUGAUUCACUGAAAUUUAUCACUUCACUUUAAAAACACUUUCUUUUGUUAAUUUUCUUUGAGUCAUCUCCUUUGUUGGGUACAUAAAAUCACUUCACUCCAUUGAAGUGCUUCGAGGGUAAUCUUGGGUUUCUGGCACCUUAUCUGUGAUGUUUCUGUGGCAGUUGGAAUAGCUAACCAUUUAGUCACCUUGCCCUAAGCUUUCAUACUUGAAUAAAACCCAUUGAAGUCU